AUGGUAUUUGGGAAGAAGGGAAUAACAUUGACAAUAGAGCAUUUCCAGGAUUUCUAUUUGACAGCAGAUGAGCAGGCCAACUUAAGGAGCCAAAACCCUGGAAACGCUCUAUUGGAGUUUCGUGGGAAUGCUGGAAGCCGCCUGCAAUUGUCUCUGGAUACGCUCACAGCUCUAAAAGAACUGACAAAAGCAGGUAUCAGAAAAAAGCUGCCACGGUAUGAUAAGUCUUCACAUGGAGGGCGAGGUGAUAGAGCUGAUCCUUCAGAAUGGCCAGAGGUUGAAGGUUCAUUAAAUGUGGUUCUACUUGAAGGCUGGAUGCUUGGCUUUCAACCUCUCCCAAGUGAUGUUGUCAAAGCAGUAGACCCACAACUUGAAAUUGUAAAUAGAAAUCUCGAAGCCUACUAUGACGCAUGGGACAGAUUCGUAAAUUCAUGGAUAAUUAUCAAGAUCAAGGAUCCUAGUUAUGUCUAUCAGUGGAGAUUAUAG